AUGGCUACGACCGGUCUGAUGCGAUUCGACAUGUCUACCGGCGACUUGCAGAAUACGACCGGUCCAGAUGAUAUUGGGAGAGCUGAAGGACAACUAGUAUUUCUACCUGUCUCAGAUAGCGGCGUGCUUGUUUAUUUCGGUGGCAUCGAAGACUCGUACCGCAACGGUAGCUUUGACGCAGCAAACAUGAGUACCAUACAUGUCUACGACAUGGCUUCAUCGAAAUGGUAUACACAGACUGCUUCCGGCGAUAUACCUGACACACGGAGGCAAUUCUGUGCUGAUGUCACCUGGCCUGAUGACCAGUCGUCUUUCAACAUAUACCUAUAUGGUGGAUACGGCUUCGAAAAAGCAGCAGCGUACGACGACGUCUACAUCCUAUCGCUUCCAUCAUUCACAUGGAUUAAGGUCUUCAGCAGUGAUGAUGUUCCCUCUCAAGUUGGUCACGGCGGUUGUAGCGCAAACGUCGUCAACCAUGCGCAGAUGUUAGUCAUAGGUGGCUGGUUUCCCCUCUACGACAAAUGCGAUGCACCCGAGGGACAAGGACAACACAACAUGGUUCUAGGAUACAACGGUGGGGACUCGAAGCUUUGGGACAAGUUUAGCCCUCAGCUAGACGACUACGUAGUACCUUCACCUAUUAUUGCCGCAGUUGGAGGCGGGUACGUCUUUACGGUCCAUAUCAAAAGUUGUCACAGCUAA